AAUAACCAAAUACUAUGGAUAGAAUACUAUUGAAUGCUAAUUUAGGCGGGGUAAUGUUAAAUUUUGAAAACGAAUGCGUUUUUACAUAAUCUACAUGCAUAGAUAGUAAUUUAUCAGUCCCAAGUGGGAGUAUUUCUUAAUUAAAUAUAUAAAAAUUUGUGUAAUAAGGUCAAGGAAUCAAAUAGACGUUAAAAGAAUACAGAAUUAAAUAACAUUUAUUAAAAAUAAGUAAUUAAUUUUGUAAAAAAAUCUCUAAAAAAUAAGAUAAUAAACCCAAAAUAUAUGUUAAUAAAUCUACUGAUACUAACGAAGAUUUAAAAUUCGCUAAAAUGUAAUAUGAUAAAAUUGAAAAAGAUAAUCAAAUAAACUAAAUAUAAAAAGACACAGAAGAAAAUAUUUAAGAAAUAUCCAAGUUUUUAUCAAAAACAUCUAAAUUAUAAGCAACAUACUCAGGUGUAUCUGAAUAAAUUAAAGAAAUAAAAGCUGCUCUAAGAAAAAAAAAAUUCGAUACCGAUUAAAUGUUAGCUAAGUAAAACUAAGAAAAAUAAAGAGAAGAAUAAAAUUAUGAUUUUGAAGACGAAUUUUAAGAAAUAAAAAAAUACAUAGAACAAGAAUUUAUUGACGUUUAAAAAGAAACAGCUUAAAAAAUUUUGGAUUAUAUAAAACGCAUUUUAAAAGAAAAAUCUUAAAAGCCUUAUUUUUAAAACCAAACUAAAACAUAAAAAGAAAAAGGAAAAAGCGGGAAUUCAUAGUAAAAAGGGUCAUAAAUGGAAGUUUAACAAUUAAAAGAUAAACUAGGUCUACUGGAAUAAAAAGUAGAGGAAAAUACAACUGAAUUAGAUAAAAAAUCCGAAGAAAUAAAAGACUUGAAAUUCUAAGUAGAAUAUAAAGAAAAAGAUUUAAUAAAAUUAAAUUAUGAGGUAACUUAAUAAAAAGAUGAUUUAAAUAAAGCCGAAGUUGAUAAGAAAUAAUUAUCUAUUUAAAUCGAAAAAAUUAAAUAUUAAUAAGAUCAUAAUUAACUCAUGAAAUAAAAAGAGGAAAAAGAAAAAGAAAAAAUAUAAAAAAAACUUGAAAAAUCAGAAGAAAGAGCUUAAGAUAUUGAAAUAUAAUAUUUUAUGUUAAAAGAAGAACUUUUAAAAAUAUAAUUUAUGAUGAAAUCUCUUGAUUCUAAAGAAUAAAAUAAUAUGUAAACUUUAUGUUAAAUGAUAAUGGAGAGUGGAAUAAAUAUUGAAGAUUAAAAAAAGGCUUUAAUGAAGAUUUAAUAGUAUUAUUAAGAAAAUCCAGGAAGUAAUUAAUAAAUAAAUAUCGAAAGAUAGGAAUUUA